UCUGUCUGUUAGUGAAUGUGGAAGGCCCCCGCCCUGACUCUCUUCAGAUUUCUGUCCUAAUGCUGAAUUUUGUACAGCAUUACUUUUUAAUUCUCAACAUUUUCAGCCGGGAAUAAAACCUGUAAUUAACGAUGCCCUUCUUCGAGGGACUAGGAACCGGUGGGGAGAAGACAGCUGUCGUUAUCGACUUGGGAACAGCCUACACAAAAUGUGGCUUCGCUGGAGAGUCAGGCCCGCGGUGCAUCAUCCCCAGUGAGAUCCAGAGGUCAGGACAGGCUGUCAAAGUGGUCCAGCACAACAUGAACACAGAGGAGCUGUACUUGAACCUGAAGAAGUUCAUCCACAUGCUGUACUUCAGACACCUGCUGGUGAACCCCCGGGAUCGGCGUGUAGUGAUUAUUGAGUCUGUUCUGUGCCCCUCACACUUCAGGGACACCCUCACCAGAGUCUUGUUCAAACACUUUGAGGUAGAGUGUCCCCCCUCUGUGCUCUUCGCUCCCAGUCACCUGAUGGCCCUCCUCACACUGGGCAUCGACUCUGCAAUGGUGCUGGACUGUGGCUACACAGAGACACUGGCACUGCCUGUAUACAAGGGGAUCCCUAUCCUGUCUGCCUGGGAGGCGCUGCCCCUGGGAGGGAAGGUCAUCCACAAGGAGCUGGAGAGCCUGCUGAUUGAGCAGUGUACCGUCGACACGGAUUCCUCCACGGGACAGAGCCUGCCCUCCGUCAUGGGCUCCAUUCCAGAAGAAAUCCUUGAAGAUAUUAAAGUGCGCACGUGCUUCGUCAGUGACCUGCAGAGAGGACUCCAGAUCCAACAAGCCAAGUUCAACCUGGAGGGCACUGCGCAGCGCCCGGCCCCGCCCCCUGAUGUGGAUUACCCUCUCGACGGGGAAAAGAUCCUGCACAUCAAGGGAGCGCUCAGAGACUCUGUUAUUGAGAUGCUGUUUGAACAGGACAAUGAGGAGAAAUCUGUCGCCACGUUAAUCCUGGACUCUCUUGUCAAGUGCCCGAUAGACACUCGGAAGUCCCUCUCUGAGAACCUGGUUGUUAUUGGAGGCACGGCCAUGCUGCCCGGGUUCCUGCACAGGAUCCUUGCUGAGAUGAGAGCCCUGCUGGAGAGGCCCAAGUACCGGCAGGCUCUGUCCACCAAGACCUUCCGCCUGCACAGCCCCCCUGCCAAGCCCAGCUGCACCGCCUGGCUCGGAGGUGCGAUCUUUGGGGCUCUGCAGGAUAUCCUGGGCAGCCGCUCGGUGUCGCGGGAGUAUUACAGUCAGACGGGCCGCAUCCCUGACUGGUGCUGCCUGACCUCCCCCCCUCCCGAGAUCAUUUACGAUGCAAGCAAGACUCUGCCCCCGCUCAUGAAGAGAGCCUUCUCCACUGAGAAAUGAGACCCGCCCUCGCCUCAUUGUGUCCACCUUCCUGUGUCUGUCUAUCCAACUCCUCUC